GCUAGUUCGGCAGCUUGCUAUUGUGGUGAUUGAAGUGGACGUGUCAUUGUCACACACCUGCCACCGGUCAGGCACAAUUCACUUCGUGCUUCGUGCUCAUCCGAGUUGGGGGAUCAUGUGACGGACGGGUGCCUGCCCGAUUCAGCGCAAACUCAAUAUCAAGAUACAACUGAACGUCAUUCUCUUGUCCUGGUUAUUACUAGUUCCUAACGGCUCCUACCAGUUCCUACCAGUUUCCUUCACACAGACAUUUUUCAGAACGAACCUGAAUUCUCACACCCGGUUCCCAUCUCAAAAAGAUUCUCUUGUGCGUCCCUCUCGACCCAAGAAUCUCUCUUUCAUCUCAUCCAACCUCUGGCCCACAAAGUAUCUUCUGCAUCACUCCUCGUCCAGGCUAUGCUCAUGCAAAGAGCAAAGCGCCAUCAUGUCAUCGUCAAAGCGUAACCGCAUGCUUCCUCACCGUAACCGCCAGCAUGUCCUCCGCCCUGUGCCUCAACCUCGAGGCCCGCCUGCUCCUCGUCCACAAGCAGAGACUCGUCGUCCACCUACUGCGCCCAUCGCCAAAGCCCCCAGAUCUGCACCCUCCCGAUCUUCGAAGCCUUUCUCCUUCUUCAAGCUGCCCGGUGAGAUCAGGAACCGGAUCUAUGAUCUUAUCAUUCCCGAAGCUCGAGUGAUCAUCUCGGCCAACCACCCCCAAAAGGAACUUCAGCUGAUGAAGCAACGAGAGCCCUUCAAGAAGCACAAGCCAUCACCUCACCGUCUGCUCGGCCAGUUCACUAGCAACGCCACCGAGAUCGGCCUUCUCUUGAGCUGUCGUCAGAUGAACCGUGAAGUCGUCAAAUUCAUCUAUUCUAGAACCACGUUCUGCUUCGACCGCAUCGUCGUGUUGCGAAGUUUUCUCAAGACCAUUCCCGCAGAAGCUCACGCGAGCAUCCAAGCCCUUGAGAUCACCCACGUAGGGUACGCCGAACCCAACUGGCUGGCUGACCGCCGGUGGAAAUUGAGACACGAUGCGAAAUGGGCCAUGGUUUUACGACAGAUCCGGCAUCAGGUGACCGCGCUUCGGCACCUGACCCUUGAUGUCACUUUCUUCGACUGGCCGUGCCGGCUGGACGUCUCGGAGAAGUGGGCUCGACCUUUUCUGGAACUUGCUGGGGACGGCCUGCAGCGCGUGGAUAUCACACUAACUCACGAGCGAUUCCAUCCAUUCAAGGUAGCAGCGACUGCCAAAGAGCUGGAAAACAAGAUGGUGAGUGCAGAAGCAAGAAAGACGAGAAGACGGGACGAGAAGCUCAAGAUGGAGAUGGAAAGGAAGCGGCUGGAGGAAUCCAAGCGUAAAGCGACCAAGGCGUUGAAGAUCAAACUCCCGCCUGGCGACAAUACUCCUAGCUUGAAUAUGGGUAACAAGAAGGUGGUGAAGAGCAAAGGCCUGGAACAAUACGCAGUGGCACAACCUCCUGUGGCAUACUGUUGAAAGUCGAAUGACUUGGCGCCGAG